AUGAGCCAAAAAAUUGCUAUUGUCGGUGCUGGUCCUUCUGGUCUUGCCCUGGCCGGAAUUCUCGAGCGGCAGGGGAUCUCUUAUGUCGUCUAUGAGCGCAGUGCCGAGGACACCCCUCCUAGAGGAGGCUGCUUGGACAUUCAUCGCAGCAGUGGGCAAGAUGCCCUGAAGGAAGCUAAGUGCUUUGACGAAUUCCAGAAAUAUGCUAGGUAUGGAGAUGCUACCAUACACUCAGUGUGGGACUGCAAAGGCAACAAGCUAUUAACCUUCGGGGAAGGACGUGAUUCUCCGGAGGUAGACCGAGCCCAAUUGAAGCAGAUACUCUUUUCAGUGAUUCCCAAUGAAAAAGUGCGUUGGUCGACAGCAGUGAAAUCCGCCAAAAGGGACGAAGAAGGCAAAAUUGUGUUAAGUUUGGCCAACGGGAUAAACGUAUCUGGGUUCGAUCUUGUGGUGGGGGCAGAUGGAGCUUGGAGCAAAAUCCGGCAUCUGGUAACAGCCUCGGAGCCGAAAUACUCGGGUAUCAUUAUUCUUCCGAUUUUUAUCCUACCGUCAAACGACUUCUACCCAACCUUACAAGGGAUUGCGGGACAAGGCCCCAUGAUGAUCUCUGGCCGAGAGAAGAUGAUCUGGGUUCAACGCCAGGGGGACGGCCACUAUCGAGUGGACUUGGGAUGGAAAGGGCCUGCCGAUUUCCCCAUUAGCGAAGAAUUUGACUUGUCCGAUGAGAAUGCUGUGAAAAGAUACCUUCUCAAAGAUGAAAAAUUCGGUGGCCAUACUUCACAAGUCAAAGCGAUGAUCGAGGCAGCAACCGGGCCAUUCCGUACGUGGCCAUUACACUAUUUCCCCCCAAAGGAUCUCAAUUGGACCUCUGCUCCCGAUGUCACAUUGAUUGGGGAUGCUGCGCAUGUUACGCCACCGUUUGUCGGUGAUGGUGUCAACUGUGCUAUGCGUGAUUCUCUAGUCCUAUCACGGAUGCUGAAAGAGUUCGGCGUCACCCAACAGGCUGUUGCAAAAUACGAGGAAGACAUGUUUCCAUAUGCGAGUGAUGUGAUCACAAGGAGUGUUCUUGCAGGAGACCUACACUUUCAGUGGGAUAGUCCAAGAGGAUUCAUGGAGAUGAUGGCAUCCGACAAUCCAUUGGUGAAGAUGGCUCUCGACUACUAA